AGCACUUCGGCGUUGUGCCUGUCGUGGAGCCGGUUGCUAACAGUCAACAACGGUUAUUUGACAAAGGGAUCCUGCUAAACGGAGUCAUUUCAAGCGCUUUUAGCCGGCUAAUGAGGGUUUAAUAAGAUGGCUGAAAAGUUUGAUAACCUGGAGGAGCAUCUGGAGAAAUUUAUCGAGAAUAUUCGACAGUUGGGAAUCAUCGUCAGCGACUUCCAGCCGAGCAGCCAGGCAGGACUCAACCAGAAACUAAAUUUCAUGAUAUCUGGACUUCAAGACAUCGAGAAGUGCCGUCAGCAGCUUCAUGAGAUCAACGUGCCGCUGGAGGUCUUUGAAUACAUUGACCAAGGGCGAAACCCUCAGCUGUACACCAAGGAGUGUCUGGAGAGAGCCUUGGCGAGGAACGAGCAGGUCAAAGGGAAGAUCGACACUAUGACGAAAUUUAAAAGCCUUCUAAUCUCUGAGCUAAGCAAAGUCUUUCCAGAGGAGAUGGUCAAGUAUAAGGCUAUACAUGGAGAGGACGCCCCCUCCUAGUGACUGCUGCACCAUGACCCCUGACCUUCAACCUGUGACCCUUGAAAUCAAAACCUGAAUGGAGUUUAACCAGACAGGUUCCUCUGUGGUCGCCCACAGAAUAUAAUAAAAAAUCCAUUAUUAUUUUUGGUAAAUAUUAUGUUGCUGUUGCUGACUCCUUCCUUGAAGGAGAAGGUUUUAUUCCUGCUCAGCGCCCUGACUCAGCCCAUCCUCUUCAUCCUCUCCUUCCUCUCCUUUCUCUCCAUUUCAGCUUUAUUUAAAGAAAUACAAAUUAACAGCGAGUAUAUGGGAGGAGCAGAGAGGAGAAACAUCAUUUUCAGCUCGGGUUGUUAUGUUGCCAGGAGACACAUUUGUUUUUAAUGUCCCAGUUGAUGCAUCCACUCAGUUGGCAGCAGAUGAACAUUUCGACACAUCUCCCAACCGUACAGGCAAAAAUAUUCAAGAUGCAAGGCCCCUUUCUGAUUCUACAUUAAGGAAUUUACUCCAUCAGUUGUACAUACAGUAUAUUUAUACUCUCUGCCUUUUGUAAUGCUUCCUCGUUAUUGUGCAACAUACAUUUGUACCACACACAGGACAUUUUGUAUCGAGCUCAGGUUUCUAAUCUCCACGAUUACUGAAUGCAAAUGCGAUCUGAUGGUAAUUCUGUGCCUGGUCACUUGACAUGAUCAGAAAUGAGUCCACUCUUUAUUUGUAACUUGUUUGUAUAUAAUUUUUGUUAUUAAAAGAUCCUUCUUGGACUGA